GUGCCACAUCUGCUGGAGGGUUGGCAGAACUGCAUGAGCAGACCACAUGUAGGCAAGAAGAGGUCUGUUGCUCUGCUGGAUGCAAGCUGGUAGCAAGAGGGCGAGGAAUUAAUAAAGGCACGGCCACAAGGGGAUUUUUUUUUUCGUCAAUAUUUAGGCACAAUAUUCUGAGCCCCUAUCGAGUAUCUUUCUGGUCACACGGACGUUGUCGAGCUCUAAUAGCAGUUUUGGCAUCGUCUUUUAUUGUGAGCCGAGCCGUACCUGACAAUAACAAAGACUUCACUGACAAUCCAAACACCACUCGCUGAAGCCAAGAAGACCUGUCCACUCUCUUGGCAGAGGCAAAUGUCUAUCCCUCACGAUGAUCCACUGUCAUUCGCUUCACCUGUGCCUUCCUGAUCGACAACUAACACGCCUGUGAUACCCUCAUGGGACUCACCAAGACUCAACUUCACAGGAUCUUCGCGGCCCUACACAACAACCACCACAGCCUGCAAGGCCGCCAAAUCCCCAACAAGAACAGGAAGACGUUGUGCUGUGCUUAGCGGCGGCUUGCCUAGCCAAGAUCAAGCAAAGAAGAAGGAGGAAGUGUCUCUGGAGUCGUCAGUGGCUCCAGAGAAGGACAGAAGGGAGUGUCACUAAGAUUGCUGAGGGAGCUGCGGGAAGAGGACCAAGUUACGCUCACGCAGCGGACAAGAUUGAACCAGCAGCAGUUCCAAGAUCUUUUGGCCCUGGUCACCCCUCUUAUCAAGAAGGAAGACAAACGUGCGCCAAGCAGUUACUCCUGCUGAACGUCUUACUCUGACUCAACGAUAUUUACCAACAGGAAGCCAGUGGAGCAGUGUCCACAACAAAGCUGACAGGCUGGCUGUGUGUAUGGGAGGAGGCAGGUGCAUGGUGCGCGGUGCACAUGGUCUGCACGGCAUGAUGCCGCGUGGUGUGCUGCGUGGCUUGGCUUCUGGCGAGCACUGUGUGCCGCACGCUUGCAACGCUUUGUGCUUUGUCUUGUUUUGUUUGGUCACGUGCAAUACUUUCAGGUAGUAGAAGUGGAUUACUGUAAUGUCAAAUUUCCAAAGUUCAAGAGAACCCAGUUAGGAAGCUAAGGCAGCCUCAACAUUUUAGUGGUUAGGAGACCUGUGGGUGUGUGCUGGGGCACUGUGCGAGGCACCGCAAGGUGAUUAUGUACUAGACGAUGCACACGUGUGAGUGAGGCAGGAAGCUGGCGGCUGCCCCUGCAGUGUGUCAAGGCAGUGCAUGGCUCUCAGUGUCCUCACUGUCACUGUUGUUGCAGGUGUCCAGGCUGGAUGGUCUUCUGGGCUCUGACGUGACUCCUUCUGGCUGGCUUCCACGAGGGUUCCUGCAGGAUCGGCCGUGGCGUAUGCUGCUGGCAGCAGUGCUACAGUGGAGGGGUGAGGCCAGGAAGCAGCAUGAGUGAGCAGCAGCAGCAGCAGCAGCAGUCUGCGUCAGAUGUGGGGAGGCGCAGGUGUGAUGGCAAGAAUCACCUGGAGGCAGGCAGCUCUGUCCACAGAGCAGAGAGCAAGUUUGGGUGUCAGCAGUGUGAUAAAACUUUUAGAUCCAAACAAGGGCUUAGGCAACACACCCUGACACACAAUGGUGUUAAAAAUUAUGAGCAUCUGGAAUGUGGAAAGAAACUUAACAAACAGUCUCACCUCAACAAACACACCCUGACACACAGUGGUGUUAGAAAUUAUGAGUGUCUUGAAUGUGGGAAGAAAUUUACCACAAAGUCUGUCCUCAACAAACACACCCUGAGACACAGUGGUGUUAGAAAUUAUGAGUGUCUGGAAUGUGGAAAGAAAUUUACCACAAAGUCUCACCUCACCACACACAACCUGAGACACAGUGGUAUUAAAAAUUAUGAGUGUCUGGAAUGUGGAAAGAAAUUUACCACAAAGUCUGACCUCAGUGGACAUGCCCUGACACACAGUGGUGUUAGAAAUUGUGAGUGUCUAAAAUGUGGAAAGAAAUUUCCCAGGAAGUCUGACCUCAGUAGACACACCCUGACACACAGUGGUGUUAGAAAUUAUGAGUGUCUGGAAUGUGGAAAGAAAUUUACCACAAAGUCUAGCCUCACCAGACACACCCUGAUACACAGUGGUGUUAGAAAUUAUGAGUGUCUGGAAUGUGGAAAGAAAUUUACCCAACAUUCUAGCCUCACCACACACAUCCUGACACACAGUGGUGUCAGAAAUUAUGAGUGUCUGGAAUGUGGAAAGAAAUUUAUCACAAAGUCUAACCUCACCACACACACCCAGACACACAGUGGUGUUAGAAAUUAUGAGUGUCUGGAAUGUGGAAAGAAAUUUACCACAAAGUCUAGCCUCACCACACACACCCUGACACACAGUGGUGUUAGAAAUUAUGAGUGUCUGGAAUGUGGAAAGAAAUUUUUCAGAAAGGCUGACGUGACCACACACACCCUGACACACAGUGAUGUUAGAAAUUAUGAGUGUCUGGAAUGUGGAAAGAAACUUGCCACAAAGUUUAGCCUCACCACACACACCUUGACACACAGUGGUGUUAGAAAUUAUGAGUGUCUGGAAUGUGGAAAGAAAUCUGUCACAAAGUCUGACCUCAACAAACACACCUUGACACACAGUGGUGUUAAAAAUUAUGAGUGUCUGGAAUGUGGAAAGAAAUUUAUCACAAAGUCUUACCUCAGUAGACACACCCUGAUACACAGUGGUGUUAAAAAUUAUGAGUGUGAGGAGUGUGGCAAAAGAUUUCUUACCCAUUCUGAGCUCAAUAGACAUGCCUUCAGACACACUGGUUUGAGGGAGUUCAAGUGUGAUGUUUGUGGGAAGUGUUUCAAGACAAGGGAUGACAUUGCCAGGCACGUGAGGAUCCACUUUUGAGGUGGUGUGUUGCAAGGACCAGCGGGAUCAAACCCAUGCCUGUAGGAGUGUGUGGGGUGUGGGAUUGUGUGGCUGUGGUGGGCGGUGUGUUGUCUGUGGCGGCAGCUGUGCCCUUGUGUGCUGUGAGGGAGUAAUCAUGUGCCUGUGACUAAUUUUUGUGAGUUGUUUCUUUUCAACUUUGUAUUUAAGGUAAAGACUAACUUAAAAGUUUUGCUAAUGAUGUGUGGUGUUGUGUAGACUGUAAGUGAAGAAAUUAAUAUAUUGUAACCACCC